AUGGCCAAUACGGUACAGACCGACAUCAUGGCGAUGAAUGCCCAAGGCACGUUCACCUACGAUUUGGUGCCGCUCCACGAUCCCUCUACCAGCAUUCGGCUGCUCCAACUUUGUCCGACUAAGAAUUUCACCGACGAUCUCCAAUGCCGAAUUUACGCCAAACUGCUGGAGGAAACGGGAAGAUACCACGCCCUCUCAUAUGCAUGGGGUGAAAACAAGAAAACUCAUGAGAUCUCCAUCAUCAACUUUCCCCGGGAGGCGAAGGACAAGACCCGGAUGCAAGAUCCACUCGAUUACGACCGAGGCCGCACAUGCGCGAAACUCAGCCUUCCAAUUACGGCUUCGUUGGAUAUCUGCUUGCGACAUCUCCGAGGUCUUUUUUGCUCUCAAGGUCUCAUUCUCACCAUCUGGAUCGACCAAAUCUGCAUCAACCAAGACUUUGACGACGAAAAUCACAUCAAGUGCGGCUGA